AUGCAAAGGCUCAACUCUGCCAAAACCAUUGAUCAUCUAAAACAAACCCAUGCUCUUUUUCUCAAACUCCUCCCUCAACAACCACCCCAUCAUUUUUAUCAAUACAUUGGUCGUUUGUUAUAUCGAGUUCUCCAAUUACAUGACGAAGACGCCAAUCUUUGCUAUGCCCACCAACUGCUUGACACAAUGCCAAACUGUUCCAAUGGCUUCCUUUGGACCUCCCUCAUUCGUGCAUUCCUAUCCCGUCGUGCCCAUCUUCACCAUUGCAUUUCUACCUAUACUAGAAUGCAUCAAAAUAGGAUUUUGCCUUCCGUGCUCACCUUCUCUUCAGUACUUAGCGUGUGUGGACGAGUUUUGGCUUUGUUUGAAGGAACACAAGUGCAUGCCAAAGUGGUGCAGUCCGGGUUUCUCGGAAACAAGAUUGUGCAAACUGCACUCCUUGACAUGUAUGGAAAAUCUGGCUGUAUAAGUGAUACACGCAACGUGUUUGAUAGGAUGGAUGACAUAGAUGUUGUUGCUUGGACGACGAUGAUUUGUGGGUAUGCUAAAGUAGAAAUGGUGGUUGAUGCAUGGUGGCUCUUUGAUAACAUGGGAGAACGCAAUUGUUUUACUUGGACUACCAUGGUUGCUGGAUAUGCAAAUUGUGAAGACAUGAAAACUGCUAAGGAAUUGCAUGAUUUAAUGAGUGACAAGAAUGAGAUCACUUGGUUUUCAAUGAUAGCAGGUUAUGGUAAGUUAGGUAACGUGGAGGAAGUAAGAAGAGUAUUUGAUGGAAUACCUAUGCUGCAGUCUGCAUCUGCUUGUGUAGCGAUGCUUGCUUGUUAUGCACAGAAUGGAUACACAAAGGAAGCCAUUUACAUGUACGAGAAAAUGAGGGAAGAAGGGAUCAAAAUCACUGAGGUAGCAAUGGUGGGGGCUAUGUCAGCUUGUGCACAACUGAGGGACAUUAGAAUGUCAAACACU